AUGCGUCAGACGCUGCCCUACAACCCACGACAGCGCUUGACUCCCACAGGCUCCAUCCUCGCUCCCAUGACACAGGAUGAAAUACAGCUCUACAAAAAUUACCGCGGUAUCGGUACCCAACAUCUCAUGAACAAACGCAAGAGAGUCCAAAGUAGAGAACCCGACGACUAUCAAGAGCGUCCAGCCAAGAGACACGCUGGCAACGUCGAAAUGGUCGUUGAUCACUACAAUUUGCGUCCAGAAGUAGGCGUAAAACAGCGCAAAGAGUCUCCUAUCAUCGGCCUCAAGAAUUUCAACAACUGGGUGAAAUCGGUCCUGAUUAUGCAAUUCAGGCAUCCAGCCCUCACCUCUAAUUCACCCAAAAAACGCGGAAAAGUCCUUGAUAUGGGCUGCAGCAAAGGUGGUGACCUCAUCAAAUGGGGGAAGGCUCGAAUUCGAGAGAUGUUGGCUGUUGAUGAGAUCUUCUGCUUUGGUUCGGACCCUCAAUUCUUGAAUAUUGAGGCUUCUGGAAGCUGCCCUGCCACCCCAUUCGAAUUCUGA